AUGAUAGGCCGUGAGAACAUUUUAAUUCUGCUUGUUCUCAAUCUGUGGGCUGCUCUCUGCAAUGCCCAGUUCAGUGUUUGGCGCGCCGAUACCAGGACUCCGACCGAGAUGCGCGCAGCUGGCCUCUUUGCUCCCAGGGGAGCUAGCCAGAUUCUUCAAAUUGUCCCAAACGUCAGCAUGUACAAUCAUGCGGUCGGCGCCCCUAACGGCGCAAGUCGGGAUAAUGAUGGCUAUGUCUCGACCACCGCCAGUGAAACCACGGCUGUCAACUUCCUCAGGCAGAUGUUUAACGGCAACGGCUACGUCUAUGAGAUAGCGGCGGCGGCCAACUUCAUCCAGGUCUCCGGCACGCUCGGUCAGUUCAGCCCGUACCCGAAUGAGCAAGAGUACGCGGCGCUCGGCGGCUUCAGCUGGGAUCAGGUCAUCCGUUGGAGGCAUUAUACCAAUGGCGUCGAGGACUCUUCUGGCCUCCAAGACAACAGCGACUACGAGGGUAGCAUCUAUAACAAUCUGAGGCCCACCAACGGCGAGCCCCGCCUCGCCGGGUUCCCCUCCAACCAUCGGGCCUGGGGUAUGUCCCCUUGGAAUGCAUUUGCCCAGGGCGGCUCCGGCUGCAGUGGCAGCGGGGCUCGUUCUCUUCACUCUCGCCAGGGUACUUGCACCCCCAAGGAAGAUGCCUACAAAUCUGCUCAAAGGUUCAUCGACGAGAACUGCUGGACCCAGUCCAACUGUGGCUAA